AACGUCUCUCAACAAUUUUUAAAGAAUUGCGAGAAGAAAAAUCUAUUCAAAUGUGAAAUCUUAAAAAAAUAUUAUUAUAAGCCCAGGACAAAAUGCAUUUGGAGGAACUACUGAACGCCACUCUUGAUAGAGCUAUCCAGACGGCGUUUCAAACUCUCCUUUUGCAUUUAUGUCCGAGGGUAUCACACUUUGUAACAAGCAUAAAAAUUGAACAGCUAAAUCCCAAGAGUUCGACAUUUUUACAUUUUUAACUUUUUUCUUUGGAUUUGUGAGUAAUCAAUAUGGCCGUCACAAAGAUACACGAAGAUGACGAUUAUGUUAUUGUCAAUAAACCAUUUGAUAUGUUCAUUAACGCAAACGAUGAGAAUGAAAAGAACACAGUAGCUUGCCACAUCGCAUCACACGACUCCCAUCUCUCAACAUCAUUGAAUCCUUUACAUUUCGUCCAACGUCUUGAUUACUCAACCAGCGGUGUUCUAUGUAUAGCCAAGAAUAAAAAGGCUGCUGCCAGAGUUGGCAGACUGUUUGAGAAGAGGCUGACGAGGAAAUAUUACAUGGCUGUCUUACGACGGCACCUUCAGUUUGAUGUGGCGGAUAUUAAAUACGCAAUCGACGUGGAUGAGUCGGCGGACGGCGCGCACCGGAUGCGUGCGGUGCGCGCGGCGUCGUCCACGUGUGCAGCGCGCGCGGCGCACACGCGCGUGCUGGCGCUGGAGUCGGGCGCCUAUUGCGGGGAGCCCGCCAGCGUGGUGCUGCUCAAACCCAUCACAGGUCGCACUCACCAGUUGCGGGUGCACUGCAUGACGAUCGGUCACACGAUCCUCGGCGACUACACGUACAGCAACAGGGAAGACACCGCGCCGCAUAGAAUGUUCCUACACGCUACUAGGUUAGUGUUACCAUUCCAAAGUAACACGUUGGACAUCCAGACGGAGGAACCGUUUUUCACGGACCGACAGUUCGCGUCCAAAUGGGAGUCUGAGAAAGUUUUCUUUAAGUACAGAGGUAAAGAAGAUUUCGUGUCUGUCUGUGACGUCAUCGAUGAAAACCGAAUCGACGGGCUGCGGUACCAAGAAUUCUGUUUUCAAGAAUAAUAGUGAUCGAGUAAU